AGCAAGAAUGUAUCGUACUAUGUACGCCCCACAUGGAUAUGGGGAGGAAGAGCAGCGUAAGAAUGCUCCCGUGUUUGGCGCUACGGGUGCUUCCCCUGCUGUCUCCUCCUCCCCGACCCUCCACUCUGCUUCCUCCACCUCCAACAUUUCCUUCCUGAAUGGCUGGCGCCGCCUCUUUGUGGCGCCUCCUUCGCCCUCUUGGCGGGCUUGCGACGUCCGUGGUACGUAAGACGGCGCUACAACACUCCUCCGUUGUCUCCCACUGCUCGCCGGCUGCUGAAAAACAACCUCGACGAGCCCUCCUCCCUUC